AUGGCGAUCUCCAAGGCUCACGAUCUCAAUUGCUUGACGAUCAAUGAGCUCCAAAAGUUAGCCGCCGAGCGAAUGGACAAGCAAACGCGCGACUACUACAACGAGGGCGCAGACUCGGGUUCCACCUUGGCAGAGAACAUAUCCGCAUACCAGAAAUAUCGCAUCAGGCCGCGCGUAUUACGAGAUAUAUCUUCUGUCGACACGAGCGUCCCAAUCUUUGGCCACAAGAACACCGUCCCUAUAGGAGUGGCGCCGACCGCUAUGCAAGGUCUUGCACACUCAGAGGGUGAGCUUGCGACAGCACGAGCGUGCAAGAACAUGGGCAUAGUCAUGGGUUUGAGCAGCUUUAGUACAACGAGUUUGGAAGAUGUUAAGGGAGCAUUGGGGCCUGAACAUCCUGGAGCGUUGCAAUUGUAUCUGUUUGAGGACAGAGGCCAGAGCCAAAGACUGAUCCAAAGGGCAAAGAAAGCUGGGUACAAAGCUGCAUUCUUGACGGUUGACACACCUGUGCUGGGACGAAGAAAUCUCGAAAUCCGUAACCAGUUUACGCUGCCGAAACACUUGAAAGUCGCAAACUUCAACCAGGAAGAUGGCGGCGAAGAUGAAGUUGAAAUUAAAGACAGGGACACAGAAGCUACUGAAGAACGGAAUGGAAGUGGGCAAGACAGCAGCAAGUCCAAACGAACGCCCCCGACAGGACCGAUUACAUUCCACACACAUGCGCCCAAUCCCACUCUCUGCUGGGAGCGCGACAUAGCGUGGCUGAAAGAACAAUGCCACCCGGAAAUGGAGGUAUGGGUAAAAGGCAUUGCGACAGGCGAAGACGCCCUUCUAGCCUGCCACCACGGGGUCGAUGGCAUCGUAGUUUCCAAUCACGGCGGUCGCCAACUCAACGGCGCGCUCGCAACCAUUGACGCAUUACCCGAAGUCGCACAAGCGGUACGAUCGCAAUCGAAGAAGAUUCCUGUACAUGUAGACGGUGGUAUAAGACAUGGUACAGACGUGUUCAAAGCUCUUGCACUUGGUGCAGAUUUUGUAUGGGUUGGCCGACCUGUGCUCUGGGGAUUGGCAUACAAAGGACAAGAGGGUGUAGAGUUGUGUUUGAAGUUGUUGAGCGAUGAGAUCAAAUUGUGCAUGGGCCUUGCCGGGGUAACGAAAGUUGAGGAUAUUGGAAAGGAGUAUCUGGUUAAGAUGGACCGCAGUGGGUUUGUUAGUCGCUUGUAG